AUGUCGAUCCUAGCCAAUUCCACAAUUGUCAUCCAAAGGCAGCUGGAAAUGAUGAACGUACUCCUAGGUUUUGAGCAAGCCAAUAGAUACGUCAUCAUGGAUGGCCAAGGUAACCACAUUGGCUACUUGGCUGAGCGGGAGAACGGAUUCGGAGGCACAAUGGCAAGACAAAUGUUUAAGACGCAUAGAAGUUUUACAACACACGUCUUCGACAAAAAUGAGCGAGAAGUUCUGAGGUUCCACCGCCCUUUCAGCUGGAUCAACUCUAAGAUCCGCAUCUACGACUGUAUCAACGGCACCGACCAAGAAUAUGCUCCAACUGAUGCCCUUAACGGCACAAGCGUCACAUCGCUCGUCUCUCAAAGCACUGCACAGAUCUCCCCUCUCCCUCUGUCUGCCAUGCGCAUCAUCGGCGAAGCCCAACAACAAUGGGCGCCCCUGCGCCGCAAAUACAAUCUCUUCCUCGCUCGCGACGCCUCCACCAUAGUAGACGUCCCGCAGCUCACCGCCGGAGACCUCCCACUAUCCUCAUCCACAGCUCUCCAACCGGUUCCAUCCUCCGACAACAACGCGGCGGCAGACCACCAGUCCUUCCUCCAAUUCGCCCACGUCAACGAGCCAUGGCUAUCAUGGGACUUCACCCUGAUGUCAGACAGCAACCAGCUCCUCGGCAGCGUGAACCGCAACUUCGCCGGCUUCGCCCGCGAAAUCUUCACCGACACGGGCGUCUACGCGCUGCGCAUGGACGCCGCCGCGCUGGCGCAGGAACCGAAGCACCUGAUCUCGCACACCGGUGAGCAGAACCAAGGCGAGACGGGAUCAGUGGUCGAACACCACCAGCAACAACCAGGCAUGACGCUCGACCAACGCGCCGUCAUGCUCGCCACCGCCGUCUCCAUCGACUUCGACUACUUCUCCCGCCACUCGGGCGCCGCCGGCGGCUUCGGCCUCCCCAUCCCCAUCUGGCUCCCCGGCGGCGGUGGUGCCGCAGCGGAAGGCGCGGCAGCCGGUGGCGCGGCUGAAGGCGUCAUCGCCGGCGAAGCGGGGGCUGGUGCGGCGGGCCGCGCGAUCGGAGGCGUCGCGUCGUCGGAAAGCGUGGGCGCCGGCGUGGCGGGCGCGGGGACGAUGGUCGGGUACGAGGCCAUGCAGCGGGGGAGGGCGGGGCAGCAGCAGGGUGGCGCAGACGAUGCGAGCCCGGUUGCUAACAACGAGCCGUGGACGGACGGUGCGUCGGGGCAGGGUCAGGGCCAGCAGCAAGGAGGAGACGUCUGGGGGGAGCAGGACCCGUGGGGUGGUUGGGGGAAGGGAGGUGAUGGGCCGCCGCCAAGUGGUGGAAGUAGUGGAGGAGGAGGUGGUGACGGUGGUGGGUUCGACUGGGGUGACUUUUUCUAA